GACAGGAAUCACAAUAACCUUAAAUAAAAUGAACACACCAAACUUUUCCACUUACCUGUGUUUUUUACAUUCGCACACCGGAGAAAAGAUUUUGAUUGUUUUGUCUUUGCAUUCUGCACACACAGAUUGCAGUGGUAAUACGACAGGUAACAUUCCAUAUAGAGGUACAAUGUAGUCAAAAGUAUUGUCUACAUAUUAUCUAAAAGCUCAAUCAAUAAAUGCAGAAAAUGGAGUGGUUAAGAGACCCAGUUUUGGUAGCAACAAUUCAAAAGUUUUUCGGUGUUAAAGUAGAAUCAGCCGCAAAAGACGUUAGACAGGCAAACCUGAGUUAUCAAAUAACGAACAGACUGUGGUAUUGGCUAUUCGUUCUGGGCACCGCUCUGGGCGAUGAGGUGUUCUACAUUGCUUUUAUUCCCUUUUGGUUCUGGAAUGUUGAUGGGGCUGUGGGGCGACGCGUGGUGCUAGUUUGGAGCAUUGUCAUGUAUAUUGGUCAAGGUGUAAAAGACAUAGUAAGAUGGCCCCGUCCAGGACCACCAGUAGUGCAACUGCAAAAGAAAUGGGCCUUAGAGUAUGGUUUUCCAUCCACACAUGCAAUGGUGGGAGUUUCCAUACCAUUUUCGGUUGUGUUGUACACUAUGAAUAGAUACGAGUACAAUAUCUACCUCGGAUUAGCAAUCGCUUUCUUGUGGUGUACAGUUAUUUGUUUGAGUAGACUCUAUUUAGGCAUGCAUAGUGUUUUAGAUGUCGUAUCUGGUUUACUUUUGGCUGUGACUCUUUUGAUUCCAUUAGUGCCUCUGAUCGACUACUUAGAUAGUUACCUUCUAACAAGUCCAACAUCUCCUUUCUUACUUCUCACCUUGUCAAUUUUGAUGAUUUUCUGCUAUCCCAACAGCGGAAAGUGGACCCCCACCAGAGGAGACACGACUAUGAUCCUCUCAGUUUGUGUGGGCGUGCUAGUGGGGGCCUGGCUCAACUACCAAACAGGGCUGAUGACAACAUCCGAUCUGCCCCUGCCCCAUAUUAUUAUGUGGCCUUCCUGGAGCAUGUUCGGUUGCCUCCUAGUAAGAACGUUCUUGGGCUUUUCUUGCGUUUUCUUGACUAGACAAGUAUUCACCAGUUUAUCGUACAGCUUCAUCUGUAUGCUGCUAAAGCAGGACGAAAUUAAGUUAAAACAGUCCGAGAAUACGCUGCAGAAUAAACACAAGACUAUUGUGGAGCUGGGAUGCAAGUACAUAACAUGUGGGGUGAUUGGAUUUAAUAUCCUUUACACGCUUCCGCAGGUUUUUCGGUUCUUGAAAAUCGAGAGGCCUACAUUCUUCACCGAGAUUUGAAACAGAUAAGUGAAAUGCUUGGCAUCCGAUUUAUACGCGAGAUUCUAGGUAUAUAGAAUUUGUUAAGAGUUAAUCACUUCUAUCACUGGCUACUAAUCAUCUGAUGAUCUCAACUUUAUUGUUCUUCGAUCAGUAGCCAGUAAGUUUGUUGACGGCUUAGAUGCAAUCUGUAUGUUAUUAAUUGAUUACCAUCUGGAGCCUAAUUCAUUAUUGAUUUCAAACUGUGUUCGACAAAUUUCACCUGUUAAAUUGUUAAACGUAAAUUUAAAGCAAUACAAUGAUUCCGAGCUUC